AUGGACUAAUGCCACAGAAUACCAGUUCUCCACUCGAACGUAUGCUAUUGUUGCUGAAGGAUUGGCACUACAGCCUGGGAAUAAAUAUCGAGUUGCCAUCAAGUUCUGUGUUGGAAAUCUGUGCAGCAAGCCAGCUUACAGCUCUGGUGUUAUUAUUGUCUCUGGUCCUGCUCGUACAGGCGCCAUUUCAGUCACCUAUGUGGAAGGCAUGCAAGGCAAUAAUAGUACACUGGAGAUAAGAUUUGAAAAAUUCCGAGAUCCAGACAUCAGUGACCUGGCUGCAGCACAGACUGUAAUGUAUUCCUACCAGUGGUCGCUGACUGACAGCAGCCAUGACUCUCAUUUACUCCAGGCCUGGAAGACAAUUUCUAAACUCCAAAUUUUAAAUGCUUCACAUAGCUCAUUUGCCCAACAAAUGCCAAGAAAUCUCAGCUUCCAUAGAUGUCUCCGUGUCUCAUUGUUAGGAACCAACAAAGUGGGGCUGGUUUCUCUCUUAUCUUCAGAUGUCAAAAACUGUUCAGCAAAAGACCCACAUUACAUUGUUCCAAAACUUGUUCUAGAUGCUUCUGGUGGAGCAUCAGGAGCUUCAUUGGCUGAAGGUCACAGUGUCACUCGGAUUUAAUGAUGAGUGGAGUCAAGAAAGAUCAGGAGUACACAACUCACAGACAACAUCAUCUCUGCUGUGUGGCCCAGCUGCGCAUUCUCGAGUCAGGUGGCAGUUUUGAGAGCCAAGGUCAGAUGUCAGCUUCUUUUCAUAAAUGAAGAGGAACAGAACAUGACGGAUCCUUGCUCCUUGUAUAUGCAGUUGCCUGUGGAGAAAUUUCUGGUCAGAAGUACAUCAAUGUGUUCUUUGGACCACCACAUGAGCGUUCAUUGCUGGAGGAUGGUCAUCGCUACUAUAUGUGUGUGCAUGCUGAAGCAGAAACUGUGGUGCAUGAAAAAUGGUCAGAAAUGCUGCAGGAGGUCAGUGCUUGCAGCGAUGGCAUUACCGUGGACCAGACACCGCCGCAGGAAGGUGUGGUUUAUAUUGAUGGCUUGCUGGGAGGCAUUUAUCAGUCCUCUCUGAAAACAUUGUCGGUCAGAUGGGAUGGAUUCAGUGAUGUUGAAGAGCUGGGAUUAACUCCACAUCACUCUGGAAUCCUACGAUAUUAUAUUUCUGUUGGCUCCACUCCAGGAGGUCAAGAUGUGCUAAACUUUCAUGAUGUGGGUCAGGUCAAUCAGGUUGUGCUACAUACUCUUAACAUGCAGUCUGGACAUACAUAUUAUGUCACUGUCAGAGCUGAGGAUAAUGUAGGACUGAUUAUGGAUGGCAUAUCUUCUAGUUUUGUUGUUGACAACACUGCUCCUAAGAGGACAGAUAAACAGAUGCAGUUUCCAGAGACCUUUAUAACAUCUCACACUUCUUUCAGUGUGUGCUGGGAAGCUAUGUUUGAAGAUGCAGAGAGCGGUGUGGCCAGUUUUAUUGUUUCCCUUGGCUCAAGACCAGGUCAUGAUGACAUCAUGGAGGGUCAGGUUCUUACCACGACCUGCGGAGACUUCAUUCCUGACACUCUACUUGUGGAAGGCCAUGCAUACUAUAUAACAAUCAAGGCUAUGAAUGGAGCAGGUCUCUUCACCAGCGCUGUGUCUCGGCCACGGGUUGUUAUGACAGCUGUACCAGCAGCUGGCCAUGUAUACGAUGGUCCACCUCCCACAGAUGGUGGCGUGGCAUUUGAUGUUGACUUCACCAGGUCACCCAGUGAUGUGGCAGCAUUCUGGCAUGGGUUUUCCACCAGCCUGUCUCCUGUAGCCACUUACUAUGUCAGACUGGGAACUUGUUCAGGAUGUGAUGACAUUGUUGGUGAAUUUGAUAUAGGCCUUUCACAGGAUGUAACAUGGGAUCACAUCUCAUUGUCUGAGGGUGUUCGCUACUAUACGACAGUCAGAGCCUGCAAUGUCAUUGAUUGGUGCACGGAGAUGGCAUCAGAUGGAAUCUUGAUUGAUACCACACCACCAGUAGCAGGAGAUGUUUGGGAUGGUGCAGGAGAUGCUGAUAUUUGUUUCCAAUCCCAAAGAGAUUUUCUUGCUGCCAAUGGACAGGAUUGUAGAUGUGAGCUCAGGCCUGGCUGCUUCACAUGGAGGUCAGGUACAAGUCCUGGUGCCACUGAUAUCAUGCAUCACGCAGUGUUGGUUUGGCGCUUGAAGCCUUCACAUCAGACCUCUCAACUCCACUUCCAGAAACAGGACAUAUACAUAACCAUCACUGCUAAGGACAGAGCAGGUAACUGGAUAGAAGUUACUUCCAAUGGAUUCAAGGUGGACACCACAGCACCAACAGUGAAGCAGGUGCCCCAGCUGAAUGGUGGACUGGGAACUCUUGGGGGGCCACGUCUAGUUAGUAGAGACACCUUGUCUGCUAGGUGGUCACUGGAAGAUGCAGGAUCACCAGUGGCGGCACAUUUUGUCUCCAUCACCAGCCAUUUGCUGGGAGAGUUUGAAUCAAGGCCACUGCAGGCCUUUCUCAGUAACAUAGUUGUCUCCACAGGUCCUGCACCAGUGUCAGUAGUAUACAUUCACAUCACUGAGCCUCCAUGA